UGAGCGGUCUGGGUCGGAGUGAAGCCGCGCGCAGCACCGGCGCCACCAUGGCCGGCACGGAGGGCGGCGACGGGGUCGCUGCGCCCGCCAAGCAGAAGAUCACGCUGCUGAACGGCGUAACGCUCAUCGUGGGUUGCAUCAUCGGCUCCGGCAUCUUCGUGUCGCCGACGGGCGUGCUGGCCAACGCCGGCUCGGUGGGGGUGGCACUGGUCCUGUGGACGCUCUGCGGGCUCAUCUCGACGCUGGGCGCGCUCUGCUAUGCCGAGCUGGGCUGCUGCAUCCCGCGCUCCGGCGGCGACUACGCCUACAUCCUGGAGAUCUUCGGGCCGCUGCCGGCCUUCCUGCGCCUGUGGGUCGGCAUGGUGGUGAUCCGGCCCAGCCUGGCGGCCAUCGUCGCGCUGACGUUCGCCGAGUACGCCGUGAAGCCGUUUUACCCGAACUGCGACGUGCCUUCGUCCACGGCCAAGCUGCUGGCGGCCGUCUGCAUCACCAUGCUGACGUUCGUCAACUGUGCCAGCGUGCGCUGGACCACACGCAUCCAGGACCUGUUCACUGUGGCCAAGCUGGCGGCGCUGGUGGCAAUCAUCGCCGUCGGUCUGGCUUACAUCGGCAUGGGUCACACGAGCUACCUGCAGCCGUCGACGGCGUUCAAGGGUCAGGUGUCGGUCGGGGGCACGGCGCUGGCGCUCUACUCGGGCCUGUUCGCUUAUGCCGGCUGGAACUUCCUCAACUUCGUCACCGAGGAGCUCCGCGAUCCUUACAGGAACUUGCCGCGGGCCAUCGGCAUCGCCAUGCCCAUUGUCACGCUGGUCUACGUGGCUGCCAACGUCGCCUACUUCUCGGUCGUGUCGCCGGCCGAGAUGCUGGCCUCGCCGGCCGUCGCCGUGACCUUCGGCGAAAAAACGUUCGGCGUCAUGGUGUGGGCCGUGCCCGUGUUCGUGGCGCUCUCCACCUUCGGCGGCGUCAACGGCAUCAUCUUCACGUCGUCUCGGCUCUUCUUCGUCGGCGCCCAGGAGGGCCACCUGCCCGCCAUCCUGUCGUUCGUGCAUCCGGAGCGCGGCACACCGAUCCCGGCCCUGCUGCUGUUGUAUGCCCUGUCCCUGGUCAUGGUCGCUAUGGGUGACAACGUCUACUUGUUGAUCAACUACGUCUCGUUCGUGCUGUGGUCGAUGGUGGGCGCUGCCGUGGCCGGACAGCUCUGGUGGAGGUACAAGAAGCCGGAUCUGGUCAGACCGAUCAAGUUCAAUAUACUGGUGCCGAUCUCGUUCUUCUGCUUCUGCCUGUUCCUGAUUGCUGUUCCGAUGGUGGCAGAGCCCUUUAAUGCUGCGGUCGGAGCCUGUAUCGCCCUGACCGGCAUACCCAUCUACGUUGCUGGCGUACAGUGGAAGAACAAGCCCAAGUCGCUGAUACGAUUUAACGAUAAAACGACGAAGUUUCUGCAAAAGCUGCUGGUGGUGGUACCCCAGCAAGAUACUAAGCCGGAGCCACUGCUUGGAGACCAGACCCUACCGAGCAAGACCUGAGGUCAAUGCAGAUCUGGUGACCUCACAGCCGACCCCGGGCACUCAGAGGUCACAAACAGCGCGCGUGAAAGUUCGGCUUAACCCAGCCCUGUCCCCUUCUGCGUCAGUGGAAAGAUUAUGCGUUGGCAGGCACGCUCCAGGCUGGUUAGUCACGCUAGAACUUCCGGAACAUUUUAAAUGGUUUUCCUGUAACAUCUCAAACACAACUACGCCUGAUUGAUAAUUGCUUUAGCAUCAUAAAAUGCGGUGCCACGUGUUGUGAUCUUGAAGAUUUUUAGAUCGUUGAACGGCAAAUUACCAUAUCUGAGAGUGCGUUACAUGCUGUGUCUUGUCGAGCGACGCCGAAGGCACCAAGUGUCGAUAUGCCGCGGGUCCCGUGUACUAAUGACUGCUCUUAAUGGCGCAGUACUUGAUACAUACCGAGCCGAUUCCCAUGAGAUCUGACGUGCUUACAAUGGAUUCGUUGUACAGCAGAUGGCGGAGCAAGUGACCUCAAUAUUUCACAUAAUACGAGGGACCAAUCAGAGCCUAUGGCUGCCUUUUCUUUUUAUCAAGGGGUCAGUCGCGUCCCAGGGGUAUUGAAUGUCUGAAUGUGGUCAGGCCCCUGGCGCGCCUCAACUGAACUGGAUGUUAGAACUCGGUGUUAUGUGAAAUAUCAUGCAAAUGCCUCACAUCAGGCUAUUGCAUGGUACGCGAGUCCUUGUGUGCUAUCGUUUGUACCUACCUUCAUUUGAGCUGGCGUUUUACUUUACGCUGCCAAUAAUGCGUUUCCAAAUGUGUAGCUGUUGUGUGUGGCAAGCGAAUGCGACUGGGUUCUAUCUAAAUUGUGUUCAUCUUCAAAAAAUAGAGCUACGUCUUUAAACGGCGUCAGGAGACGACAUGGUCCAAAACUAAUUUCAUGAAUAAGCUCGACUCCGGAUGUUUUUUUCAUAAGAACAUGCUGAAUGUGGUAUCUUUCUGGAGUUUACUGUUCUACCAUUACUUUAUUAUCAUAUAUAUCUGCGAUGGAUAUCAUAUAUAUCUGCGAUGGAUGGCUGAUUCAAGUGGAGGGGUCUUGGACCGCAACUGACAUAAAUCAUUCGUACAUUAUGGGUUGCUGUCUGCGUAGUGGAUUUGUUGUUGCCAUUGUCCAUGUCUGUCUGUUUAUAUAAGAUGACUGUCGUCGAUAAUCACCCCAGACCAAUGAUGACCAUUGCUUGAACUUACUAACGUUAUUACGCCGUCUUGCAGUCUUAUUGUACCAAAUGUCAAAAUUUUACAAACCAUCCGCGACUGGAGGACGCCGCCGUCAUCGUCUGUCAGACAGCGGCACUACCACGCCGAUCAGUUCUGACGCAUGAGUAUUGCUGAUAACAGUGUCGACAAAUCCGCUGGUCGAAUACGACUGUAAAGUGUUGUUACCACCCUGUUCAAAUGGGCCCAGUCACGUACUCCGAAUCACAAGAAAUACAGUCUGUGGUGA